GGUACCACUGUUUUCUUUUUCCUCUGUGGCGCGGCGGACUACUUCCUGCACACUUGCACUCAGAGAAGGCCUUGGUCGGUCAGACCAUGGGACUGAAGAGGAUAUAGGGGAGAACAGUGAAGGGAAUGGGAUUUGCAUGCCAGGUGUGCCCGGCGUCAAGCAGUUGCAGAGUGGGAGACGAGCUCGAGGCGGAGAUAUCAGCGCCCAAGCGGUUACGCCGAGAAAGGGGGGGCGCACUAGAGCGGGCGACGAGUGUGACCAAGAUGCGCUGCAACGGGGUGCACCAGGGGAAGCGACGGCAGGGAACGCAGCGAACGUACCUUCUCAUGAUGCGCAGUGGUUCUAAGUUGCUCAUGGUCAACGACCGAGACCGCAGAGAUCGCGAGCCGUUUGCGCGAGCAAGGAGGCUGGAUGAUUACCCGCGAAGCACUCGCUAUGAGGCCGAUCGGGGUAGAGGCGACUCCCGCGGCCGAUGGGAGACAGAUCAGGGUCGACGAGAUGGAUAUAGGGACGACAGAUACGAGAGAUCUGACCGAGAUGGAUAUAGGGACGACAGAUACGAGAGAUCGGACCGAGACGGAUAUAGAGACGACAGAUACGAGAGGUCGGGUCGAGAUGGCUACAGAGGUGGUAGGUAUAAAAGAGGAGAUCGGGAUUGGGAACGACGAGAUGGGUCACGCGGACGAUUUGAGCGCGGGGGAGAUGCGAGAGAGCAGCGCUACGAGUCGCGGGGGUGGUACAACCAAGGGGACCGACGCAAUGAGUCACGAGGGCGAUAUGACUCGGGGGACCGCCGGAAUGAUUCACGAGGGCGGUAUGAGCAAGGAGGGUCUGGAGGAGACUGCCGCAAUGAUUCGCGCGGUCGGAAUGAGAGAGGGGGAUAUGGCAUCUCAUUAGAACCAUAUCCCAAGUCGCCUAACCCCAAGGCAGUCAGGAGUUCGAUCUCUAGAAGUGCAGACGACAGGCCAUCUACUCCCAGGAACUCAUGCGUCUACUGUAGAGGAGAAGAUCAUAUCAAGAGGGAUUGCCCGGACCUCAAACGGGCAAUAGAUGAGGGACUUGUCGUGCUUGACGACCGCAAAUACGUCAAGUGGGCAGAUGGUCUGGGAGAUGUAUCGAUGUUCCCUUCGAUGAAGGAGAAUGUCGAAGCAAGGAGAGUAAAGUCGAGUAAAGAAAAGGAGCCGGUCAGGAGCCAGAGCAUCAAGAUAACCUUAGAGGGGGAUAUGGCGACCACACCCAUAAGGGUGACAGCCACCAAGUCGGCGAGAGGGUCUACAUCGAAGAAGGAUGACACGGAUUGCGUGAUGGCGGAGAAGGACGGACGGCGGGUCGAUGGAGCAGAGGUUAUCCUUUCGCCGCGAAAACGGGAAGUGAAGAAGUUCUUAAUGAAGAGUUCGCUGGAUGAGAUUGACACGGUCGAGCCACUGAGGCGGGCCCUUCGGCAACCCAUGCAGUGCUCUAUUCUGGAGUACCUGGCGGCAUCGAAGCCGGCUUGUGAUGAGUUACAGAUGAUCACGCGGAAGACUCGCAGACCUCUAUCGGAGGAGGGUCAGGGGGGCCCUAAGGAGGAAGCUUCUACAGUAGCAGUAACGGGGGUGACUACCAAAGCGAAUCGCAUGGCGACAGUCCUUCUCGAUGGAAUGGAAGGUGUGCCUCCAAACAAGUUUUAUAUACUUGGUAGCGGGGCCGUGGAGACGAUUAUAAACGAUGGAGCGGUACUCGAUGCUGUGAUCGAUAACGACAGUGAGGCUGUCAUCAUAGACGAGGACCUGGCAGUACAGGCUGGACUGGGCCUCGAUAGGUCAUACCUAUUCGAGAUAGAGACGGCUGAUGGGAGAAAGCAACAGAUCACUGGGGUUUGUCACAAGGCAUCCAUAGAGGUCCAAGGGGUACGAGUGACCCUGCCUGUCUUUGCAGUCAAGAACUGCAGCUCCGACCUGCUCUUGGGUCGAACGUGGCUGAGCCACGUGCAUGCGAUAACGAUAGAGCGACCUGAUGGGAGCCAAACAUUGUCCAUUAGGAAGCCAGACGGGACGCGGGUAAUGAUUGAGACAGUGGAGCCUCGGGACCCGAGGAAAAGAGCAACUCUUGUUGUGGGUGCGAGACCCAGUGAUCAGAUUAAAUCGUUACCUAUCUCCGGCCGUGCGGUGCAAUUUCACGAGAAGAAAUAUGGACUUUUGCUCACAGAGGAAGAAGGUCGGAUCGUGGAGGUGAAAGAUUUAGGGAGUUGGCUAAUAGUGGACGGCAACUCGUACCCAAAGGAAAAAGAUGAGGAAUUUGGCGGUGUGGUAUCCGUAAAAGGGACGAGCUCUGGGAGCGCUACCGCCGGCUCGUGUCGGGAUGUGCGGAGCCCGUCGACGUCGACGUUGUUGGUGACGACGAGGUUGUCGCCGUGCCACGCAAGCCAUCGGCUCCACACCUGCGCUAACUGUUCGCCCCACUCCCUUAGCGAGGCCCGGAUCGCCGUAUGCCUUGACGUGGGCUCUGUGCCACACGCCGAUUUACUGGCACAAGGUGCCGCAGGUAGGUCGAUUUAUUCGGUCUGUGAUCUGUUCUCAGGUUAUGAUGAGGUACCGCUUCAUCCUAGAGACAGGCACCUCACGGCUAUGCAUACGCCAUUGGGACUGAUACAGAUGAUGGUUGUCCCUAUGGGUUGGACUAAUGGGGUAGCCGUUUUUCAGAGAGUCAUGGUAGCCGUCCUCAAGGACUUCAUCCCUGAUAAGGUUGAAGUUUUUCUGGAUGACUUUCCUAUAAAAGGGCCAGUAAACAAAGAUGAGGCAGAGGUUGCACCUGGAGUUAGAAGAUUCGUCGAGCAGCACCUAACGGAUAUUUGCGCGGUACUCGAGCAGCUUGACGAUGCGAAUCUAACAGUCAGCGGAACAAAGAGCCGAUGGGCCGUCUCGACUAUUAAGAUCUUGGGCUUUAUCUGUGACUCGAGGGGACGCCGAGCAGAUCCAGCGAAGUUAGACAAACUCCUGAACUGGCCGUCACCAUUACACAGUCCAACCGAGGUCCGGCAGUUUCUGGGAGUGGUCGGUUACUGGCGAAUAUUCAUACGAGGGUAUGCAGAGAAGGCUGAGCCAUUGAGACUACUCCUUCGAAAAACUGAGAAAUUCUACUGGGAUUCCUCGCAGGAACUCGCUAUGCAGGAGCUUAAAGAUGAAUUUAAGGAGGGAGGACGCGUACUGGGCGUGCCGUACUUUGAUGAUGAGGCUGGGAGACCUUUCAUAGUAGCUACGGAUGCUGGGCCUUGUUCGGUAGGAGGGUUGCUGUCUCAGAAGGACGCUGAAGGGAAGGAAAGACCAUUAAGAUUUGAGAGUAGGACAUUGAAUACGGCAGAGCGAAACUACAGUCAAUUCAAGAAGGAAGUAUUAGCUGUUCUGCGGUGUCUAGACACGUUCGGACAUUAUAUCUAUGGACGACGGUUCAUCUUGAGAGUAGACCCCACCGCGGUUGCCUCUGUUCUCCAGAAGGACUUUAGUCUGAUGGACCCGACCAUCGCCCGAUGGUUAAUACGGAUUCGGCUAUACGAUUACACGGUUGAGAGGAUAUCAGGCACUAAAAAUGUCGUGGCAGAUGGACUUUCGCGCAUCCCUCUUGAGGCCGAGCGCCCGAUAGUAGCUGGGGCCCUGACUAUGGCAGAGCCAAGACGCACCGAGCGUUUUUUGGUUAACCUUUACGAGGGCAAAUACCGAAUGAUCGGGCUACAUUUGUCAGGAAAGGAAAGUCAAGAAUCAGAUAUCCGGAGACAAGCGGCCCAGUACUGCCUUAGAGUUGGCCAUCUGUUUCGAAGGCCAGUAGGGUCGGGAAUGCCCUUACCAGUAGUCUGUGAUCCUGAGGAGAGACAGACAAUAGUUGCGGAGCUUCACGACGGGGUAGUCGGAGGACACAUGGGAGUCAAAGGAACCUACGAAAAGGUACGCAGGUUGUACUGGUGGGAAGGACAAGAUAAGGACGUCGAGAGGUAUUGUAGGACCUGCGAAGAGUGCCAGAAGAGAGCUCUUGUGAAAUACAAAGAGCCACUUCAUCCAUCCUAUCCAACCCGACCAGGAGAGAAGGUACACAUCGAUCUAGUGAAGAUGUCGAAAGGGGUGGGCAAUAUGAACUAUGUUGUUAACAUACGAGACGACUUCACGGGUUUCGUGGACGGUAGACCUAUCAGGAGCGACUCGCUGUCAGAACUUACCAAAGUCGAGCGGCGGAGAGUCACAGAGCGGGCACAGGACUAUCGCUGGCGGGGACCGACGUUACAAAAACGAAAAGUCGAUGAUGACGGAGGGUCUAACUGGUUGACGGUUCCGCACCCUUUCGCUAGGUUCGAUUGGACACGAGCCGCUCAUGAAGAGGAUGCGGUCCAUUUCGCGGUAAAGUACACGGAAAAAGCCAUCGAAAAGAACGGAUGGUACUGGUCGGGAAUUCGAGAAGAUGUGAAAUACACCGUUCAGAAUUGCCCGGCCUGCGUUGCGGACAAGGCGUCGGUACAGAUGCCUCGGACGAUGGUGCCCACUCGUGUAGAGCGCCCCUUUCAGAGGGUUAGCAUCGACACGACGGAUAUCAACGUUCCGAGAGGUCCCGUCGAUCAGGGAGAGCUCAAUGUUCUUUUAGUGGCCGUCGAUCAUUUUUUGAAAUGGAUCGGGGCGUACCCUAUGUCCAGCCGGAAUUCGCAGGAAGUAGCUUGGAUGAACCAUCGCCAGCCGGAGCAUGAGCCCCUCGAGCAUUUCCAGACGCCGCAUGCAGAUCGCUUGUUGCGGCAUCGGUUCAAUGAGGAAAGGCGGUUGCGGUACGACAUUCAGCAGGUGAGUGUGUCAGCGCCUGGGGUUGCUGAUUUGGCGGCGUACUCGUUGCUUUGGGAUCGGCUGACAUAUGCGGGGGUGUACGUGGACGUGAUGCAGUUGCCUAGCCAGGAGACGACUCGAGUAUUCAUUGAGUUCCGCGCGCUCCAGGUGGCACCCAAUUUCGUGCACAGCGUAGCCACCUUUAUCGGAGACUUGACGAUCCUACCGCAGCCGAAUCGGGAGCCGGUGCGAAGCUUUGUGCGCGAAUACGCGGUGGAAGUGGCCAGAUCAGUGGCCGGAUUGCAAGGACGCAGGGGACUCCGAUUCACAGCCCACGAAGUGCUGCUGCGCAGGGAAGAGGACGGACCAAUUGCGUUGGUGCCACAGCUCCCCGCGCUUCUUCCUCCCGCUGCUCCUCUCAACUUCCAAGCUAUUCCCCCUCUCACUGACGUGGAGCCGCUGCCCUCCGCCGACGAAGACGCGUGGGAGUUGCACCGUGCGCUGUACAAGUCGGUGGCGCUGAGGAUGUUCCGGUUCUUCGUGGAUCACGAAGACCACUGCAUCGGGGAGCACUUCGUCGUCUACUAUGUCAUCACACGGCCCAAGCCAGCGGAGAAGGAAGGGACGGUGGCGCUGUACCCAUUCGCCCAGCUCCAGACGAUCGAUCCGGGAUUGUUGGAGCUCAUACAUUUUGAGCUCCUCUCCAUUGCGCAAGUGAUCGCGAGCGAGGAGGAGGAGAUCCAACCACGAUUGCGGACGGCGACGGCCCCGUGGAGAACGUACAACGCGGUCGUCAUCCCGGAUUACAUUGCGCAGCGCGCGGAGAGGUUGGAGGACUUCCCGGAGGAAAAGCCGUUGCGGCCUCCCUCGUCGUAUCCUCGACCGGCACCACCAAAGGCCCCCAAGAAGACGCCGAAGAGAAAGAGAUGCCACUCGUCGCCAGGAGCGCAAGGCAACAGGAUCGGCGGCGGUCGGGAGGUGAUUCAGCCCGCGCAUACGCGGAAUCCUGACCCUGUGCCUGGGAGUGAGGCGACGCUCGUUAAGGAGAUUGUCGUGCCAUCGCCGCCCUUUCCGCGUGUGCCCGAUCUCAAUCUUGAUGGAGCCGGGUCAUCAGCAGCAGCAGCAGGCAGAGGAGGAAGCCGAAUGGGAUUUCCGGAUCCCAUAUCUAGACCCCCCGUCCUCGCGGGACCUCUCCAGGUGGACUUCAUGGUGGAGCCCGCCACCAUCAGGCUCGAGGCCAUCGCGGGGGCGCCACGCCCUGAUCCGGCAUGGGAGCCAUAUCUGACACCCCCUUUUCAAGGGUGUAUUGCGGUGCGAUUGGCUGGGACGCUCAUCUACGAGACCAGGCAGCGUCCCAAUGCGAUGUACCACUUCCUUGUCUUCGCGGCGCAGAAGCGGGAGCGGCAGCCUUACACCGAGACGCAUGUGGUGAUAACGGGUCCAGGGCCCCGAUCGGUGCGCAAGCGGGUGGUGCGAGCAGUGGCGGAUCUGGCGCCACAUGUCCUGUCUCAUGUGCCGGGGGCUUUCCUCUAUCCCUCGUUCGUGCAGCACCACUUCCUGGAGGAAGAUGCGCCAACGACUCCCGCGGCGAUGGCCGCUUUUCUUCCGCCUAUUCCUCCCCCUCUCAAUCCCGACAUAGAUCACUUCCUCUGAUCACCCCCGUCUACCUCUCCCCUGUUCUCUCCUUCUCCUUCUCUUUAUCGUCUUCUUCGACUAUCUCCAAAGUUC